AUGGCUGCCGUUGACGCAAAUGUGCAAAUUGCACACGAUCCGUUCUUGGGAAUGGCCGAAGAGGAUGAAAAGUUCUACAAGGGUUUGGCAGCAAAGACUCUUGUCACUGGACUGACCUACCCAAUCACUGUUGUUAAGACCCUCAUUCAGCUUGGACACGAACCAUUUCCACUUUCAACUGGAAAGAUCUUCGUCUUCUGUGGCCGAAAUGCCUACUUUUUACCAAACGGGUUUAGCUAUGCCCAACAACUCGCUCAUGCAAAGGGCCUUUCUAUUCUAUGGACUGGACUUGAUUCGGCUCUAGUUUCUUUCGUUGUUGGUGGAGUUGCUGGUCAUGUUGCUACCAAGUUCCUCAACGAUCACUAUCCAGCUGUUGGUGGCUCAGCCGAAUUCGAAGGAAAAGAAGAGAAGAACAUGACUGAUCAUGAGUCAUUCCGCCGUAUGCUUCGGGCAGCUAUCCGUGAUUCGACCGUCCGCACUUUUGCCGUUGCUUGCGCUCGACCAUUCACAGUUGUCUGCAUUCGACAAGUGGCCCAAGUCAUCGGCGGUGAGACAAAAUAUCAGUCAGUCUUCCAUGGUCUGCGUCUUGUUGGAGUCGAAGAGGGACCAGGUGGUCUUUUCAGCGGCUUUAUUCCUCAACUUCUUGGAGAACUCCUUGUUAUUUGGGGCGUCCAUUCUCUUACUUACUUCGCCGAGCGUGCUAUCAUUCGUUCAGGACUUUAUGAGAAGGCUGCUGAAAAUGAGCAAGGACAAAAGGAACUUGAUGACGUUCGCAAGGCUGUUCAUUUCAUUGUGCCAUUUGUCGUCAACUCUGCUGCUUACCCAUACUCGGUUGUCUCAACGGUGAUGGCCGUCGCUGGCUCCGGACUUGCUGUCUCAUUCUUGCCUUACAGUCCUGCCUUCCCCAACUGGAUGAACGCUUGGGACUACCUCAAACCACACGGCCUGAAACGUGGAGCUCGUCUCUUCCUUCGUGAACAAAUUGGAGCGGUUUCUGUUGGAAGUGAUAAGCAGCUCUAUGCCACCAACCGUCAUUUUGUC